AUAAUCAGACGAGUCUCCACAAAACCAUCUCACCAAAACAUUGGAAUCUAACAACAACUAAGGUUGAAAAUCAGACUAAUCUCCACACAAUCGUCUCACCUGCACGUAUGAAUCUAACAACCACUAAGGAAUCAAGUCCCUGGAUACAACAACAUUUAAAAAGAAGCGUCUACAUUUAUACUGUGACAUUAAAUCGUAGCUGCCAUGCCAACAACGACAGUCAACGUUACAUAGAUCCCAUUGUAAUCGUGUACGAUUCAAAGUCUGGGCGCAGCAUCGAGUGUUAUGUUACCAUGGAUACAAUAAAUGAGCAAAUAGCGACGUGUGGCGUUGAAUUCAAAACGAACUCGAUCAAAGUUCGUUCAUCAGAUAAAAGUGUAAUUUUGGAGUUGUGCAGUGAACCAGAUGUAUCGGCUUUCGAUAACUUCACUAACAUACGAGGAGUUUCGUUUGAAUUAUGGAACAAGUAUAUAUUGUCUAAAAAAACGCUAAUUUUGAAGAAAGAUGAGGUGUUUCGUGAUAGUCCCAAUAUUUCCAGUGUUUUGCCAACCUUUGCUAUUCCUGGAUUUUCGGGUAUCUUAAACUACAGUCUACGAGGAAAAGGUUAUAUUAUGGUCAAUACCUCAGGACUUUACUUCAUCUCAGCUUCAUGUGGCGAUGAAUGUGAAAUAUGGCUAAGAAAAGCCGAAGAACCAGGACUGGAUGAUGAGAGAUACGAUGAGGAGUUGUUGAUUAAAAUCGAAUUACCUACGUAUCCCAUCAGAUACAAAUUGAGCAAAAGCCAAUACAAAUAUCGUAACUUCAGCAAAUGUCAUUUAUAUCACAUGGAAGUUUACAUGCGACAGAGGGUCAACCAGGAUUAUCUCACUGUAGUCACAAGGUUACCCGGCCAAAACAAUAUCCAGCUUUUCUCCCAGGAGUACCUGUACUGGAUGAGACCAGGUUCUAGAGUUCUGGAGUUUCACUUAACCAACAACAUCAGUAGAAAGAUUGCGCUUGGUUCAGAAAUCACCUUAGAAGCUGUCUACAAAUUCUGCUGCAAAGGCAUCCUCUGUCCUUCCUGCCCCCUGGUAUUAAAGCUAGAAGCGUUUAAGCAGACCAUAAUGUUGAACAGGAGCCUAGAAAUGACCUGUGAAGAACACAAAAUGAGACACAAAAUCGAGGCGGUCGUUCAACCAGGCAACUACAGUAUUUAUAUUCUACAAGACUUCAGUGCUCUUUUCGCAAUGGAAGAUGUUCCGGAUGGAUCGUUACGUCACAAGACACUUCAUGCCAGUGGAGUUUAG